UCUCUCUCUCUCUCUCUCUCUCUCUCUCUCUCUCUCUCUCUCUCUCUCUCUCUCUCUCUCUCUCUCUCCUUUUCUCAAUGUAAGUGGAAGGUGGGAUUGGGGGGAGUGAAUUAGGGAGUGAGGAUAAACCGUUGUGACCAGCUGGAGAGAUGGGAAAAUCCAGCAGUAAACUAAAGCCUGAAGUAGUGGAAGAGCUGUGCAGAAAGACCUACUUCACUGAGAAGGAAGUUCAGCAGUGGUAUAAGGGUUUUAUUAAAGACUGCCCCAGUGGUCAGUUGGACGCAGCUGGCUUUCAGAAGAUCUACAAGCAAUUCUUCCCCUUCGGCGACCCCACCAAGUUUGCAACCUUUGUCUUCAACGUCUUUGACGAGAACAAGGAUGGGCGCAUUGAGUUCUCAGAGUUUAUUCAAGCUCUGUCUGUCACAUCUAGAGGAACACUGGAUGAAAAACUCAGAUGGGCCUUUAAACUUUACGAUCUUGAUAAUGAUGGCUACAUAACCCGAGAUGAGAUGCUGAACAUCGUAGAUGCCAUUUACCAGAUGGUGGGGAACACAGUGGAGUUACCUGAGGAGGAAAACACUCCAGAGAAAAGAGUCGACCGCAUCUUUGCUAUGAUGGAUAAGAAUGCAGAUGGAUUGCUGACGCUGCAGGAGUUUCAGGAGGGCUCCAAGGGGGACCCCUCUAUUGUACAGGCACUCUCUCUUUAUGAUGGCCUGGUGUAGGCCCAUCUCAAAGUGGAGUUCAAUAAUCAAUACAAUACAUUUACUAUACAUUAUUCUGCUGGCACUGUGGAGGAAAGCUGACCUAUCACCAAUCUCUUUGGCCUGCCAACCCGAAGGUGCAUUGUGGGUGCUGCUCUUGAGAGAGGAUCAGCUGUCAAUCACUCAUCUCAGCUGUCACUGGAAAACCAAAAGCCGCUCCAGACAGUGUGAACCCUUUCAGAACUCAUUUUGGAAAAAUGAUGUACAGUAAAAGAACCUAUGAGGUCUGAUGGGUUCAGU